GGGCGCUCAUCUUGGGAUCCGUCGCGCCCUUCGCCUGCCCCCUCACUCUUAACCCCCACUCCACUUGGAUCUGCAGCAAGAACCAGAACUCCGUCUUCUUCACGUUGCAGCAAGCCUGGAGAUAUAUGGUUGCAGCCCUAGAACUUGAUCCUGAUUCUUGAUCGAUGGCCUUCGCGUUCGCGGGGAUUCGGUUCUCUUUGGCGCUAUCACCUCGAUCCGUGAUCCAUGGCGAUCGCAAGAACGGUGGAAAUGCAUCUCUCACCUUCUUGAAGGACUCUUUACCGCGGAAAGUACUUGCUGGAAAUUCUUCUUAUGACCCUGAUUCUGCGUCCACAACUGCUGCUGCAUCUAGAAAGGUGCUGGCUCCAGGUGGCGAAAGUGAUGGCUUGUCAUCUUCUACAGAUUCAAUUGGGAACCCUGAAGUUUCUCCUGAUGACCUGGAGGUAUUACAAGAAUCAACAGGUCUAUCCAUUCAAGAUGAGGGAAAGAUAAAAGCUGGGCAAACACCCAUGUCUUCAGAAGCCAUGGAUGAUGAAGCCAUGGAUGAUGAAAUCAUGAAUGAAGGUGCUAAACAGUCUAUACAUUCUCAAGCCAAUCAGACCAUUGAAAAAGUUGAGGAGAAGCCCAGAUUUAUUGCUCCACCUGGUAGCGUAAAAAGAAUUUAUGAAAUUGACCCAUCUUUGGAAGGCCAUCGUGCACAUCUUGAUCAUCGAUAUAACCAGUACAAGAAAAUGCGGGGGCUGAUUGAUCAGAAUGAAGGUGGCUUGGAUGCAUUCUCUCGUGGCUAUGAGAAAUUUGGUUUUAUCCGCAGUGCUGAUGGUAUUACUUAUCGGGAGUGGGCCCCUGGUGCAAAGUCAGCAGCAGUCAUUGGAGACUUCAACAAUUGGAAUCCCAAUGCAGAUGUCAUGAAUCGGAAUGAGUUUGGUGUAUGGGAGAUUUUUCUGCCCAAUAAUGCUGAUGGUUCACCUCCUAUACCUCAUGGCUCACGUGUCAAGAUACGCAUGAAUACUCCAUCCGGAAUUAAAGAUUCGAUUCCUGCAUGGAUAAAGUUUUCUGUACAGGCCCCAGGUGAAAUACCCUACAAUGGAAUAUAUUAUGAUCCCCCUCAGGAGGAAAAAUAUGUUUUUCAACAUCCUCAACCAAAAGCUCCAAAAUCAUUGCGCAUUUAUGAAUCACAUGUUGGGAUGAGUAGUCCAGAGCCCAAGAUCAACACAUAUGUUAGCUUUAGGGAUGAUGUCCUGCCUCGAAUCAAAAGGCUUGGAUACAAUGCUGUUCAGAUAAUGGCCAUUCAGGAGCAUUCAUAUUAUGCGAGCUUUGGGUAUCAUGUUACUAAUUUUUUUGCACCUAGUAGCCGUUUUGGAACGCCAGACGAACUCAAGUCUUUGAUUGAUAGAGCUCAUGAGCUUGGUCUGCUUGUUCUCAUGGAUAUUGUUCACAGCCAUGCAUCAAAUAACGUCCUGGAUGGGUUAAAUCAGUUUGAUGGAACUGACACGCAUUACUUCCAUUUUGGUUCACGGGGAUAUCAUUGGAUGUGGGAUUCUCGCCUUUUCAACUAUGGAAGUUGGGAAGUGUUAAGGUUUCUACUUUCAAAUGCAAGAUGGUGGCUAGAGGAGUACAAGUUUGAUGGGUUCAGAUUUGAUGGUGUAACAUCAAUGAUGUAUACUCACAAUGGUUUACAAGUAGCAUUUACUGGGAAUUACAAUGAGUAUUUUGGAUAUGCUACUGAUGUGGAUGCAAUGAUCUAUCUGAUGCUGGUAAAUGAUAUGAUUCAUGGGCUUUAUCCCGAGGCUGUUACCAUUGGUGAAGAUGUCAGCGGAAUGCCAACAUUCUGCAUCCCUGUUCAAGAUGGUGGUGUAGGAUUUGAUUACCGCCUUCAUAUGGCUAUUGCUGAUAAAUGGAUUGAACUACUCAAGUUAAAGGAUGAGCAUUGGAAAAUGGGAGACAUUGUUCACACUCUGACAAAUAGGAGAUGGUUAGAGAAAUGUGUUGCUUAUGCUGAAAGCCACGAUCAAGCUCUUGUUGGUGACAAGACUAUUGCAUUCUGGCUAAUGGACAAGGAUAUGUAUGAUUUUAUGGCUCUGGAUAGACCAUCAACGCCCCGGAUAGAUCGUGGAAUAGCUCUACACAAGAUGAUUAGACUGAUCACAAUGGGAUUAGGUGGAGAAGGAUAUCUUAAUUUUAUGGGGAAUGAAUUUGGGCAUCCAGAAUGGAUAGAUUUUCCUAGAGGUGACCAACGUCUUCCUGAUGGAAGGGUGAUAUCAGGGAAUAAUAAUAGUUUUGAUAAAUGCCGCCGUAUGUUUGAUCUAGGGGAUGCAGGUUAUCUCAGAUAUCGUGGAAUGCAAGAAUUUGAUCAAGCAAUGCAGCAUCUUGAAGAGAAAUAUGGCUUCAUGACAUCAAAGCAUCAAUAUAUAUCACGACAAGAUGAAGGGGAUAGGGUGAUUGUCUUUGAGAGAGGAGAUUUGGUAUUUGUUUUCAAUUUUCAUUGGACUAAUAGCUACUUUGACUACCGAGUUGGAUGCCUAAAGCCUGGAAAAUACAAGGUGGUUUUAGAUUCUGAUGAUAAACUUUUUGGUGGAUUCAAUCGAAUUGAUCGCACUGCAGAAUACUUCAGCAAUGAAGGUUUUUAUGAUAAAAGGGCCCGUUCAUUCUUGGUGUAUGCCCCAAGUAGAACAGCUGUCGUGUAUGCUCUUUCUGAAGACUGAUUUCAGAUUGCAGUCACCGAGUGGUGUAAGAAAAGCUGCAUGAGAAUCAUAUGGUUUAUGCCAUCUCAAAGCAUCAUGAAUGCGGUAGAGUAUGCAUUGCAGCUGAUGCUGCUCAUCUAUUUCUUCGUCCAUUAUAGAGCUUCAUGGAGUAAAAAUAUUAGUGGCCAAGAUUCCACGAGCAAGUAUGCUUUUUAUUCUCCUCUGAAAGUAGUUUCAUCAGCAACCUUCAGCUCAUUCAAGAGAUGGCUUCUAGCAACUUCGGCUCCCUACUGCAAAUGCCUUGGCAUUGUGUACAUUGUGUCGUAUCGAAAUUUUUUAUAUAACUCCAACUUUUUUUAUAUUAUUUAUGAAUAAACUAGAUCCAUUCAAACCAGGAGAGUCAGAAAAUCAUGAUGGUCAACAGGUGA